AGUUACAUUCUCCUGUGGUUGCCGUAAACAGUGGUCGCUCUCCUCUCUGCUGCAAGGGAAUCAACCUGAGGCAACAUGAAUCCUCGGCUUGUACGACUCCUGCCACGGGGCCUGCUGAGGCUCCUGCUGACUGUGCUUCUUCAGGGUGUCGGGAAGAAUAACUUCGAUGACUCAGCUACUUUGUUUUCUGCCUACGACUUUAUCAUUGUGGGUGCUGGAUCUGGUGGCAGCGUGGUGGGAUCACGAUUGGCGGAGGUCGAGGGCUGGCGGGUCCUCGUGCUCGAGGCAGGGGCCCCAUCGCCUCUUGAGGCACAGGUUCCGGCUUACAACCUAUUUCUGAUGCAAAGUGAGGUUGAUUGGAACUAUUUCACCACUCCACAGCACCACGGUCUCCUUGCUUACACCAACAGAUCAUGCCCAUACCCUUUGGGACGUGCUGUAGGCGGCUCGUCAGCUAUAAACUGGAUGAUGUACGUGCGCGGCAACAGGCGGGACUAUGACUCUUGGGAGGCGCAAGGCAACCCAGGAUGGAGUUACCAAGAGGUGCUGAAGUACUUCAAGAAAGCUGAGGACUACAGGGGCAAACGAAACAUCGAGACAGCACAGUUCCAUGGACAGGGUGGACCCAUGGGUGUGGAGGACAAGAGGUGGUGGACACCAUUACUAGAUGGCUUCCUCCGAGCAGGGGAGGAGCUUGGAUACAAGGUGAUCGACCCAAAUGGCCCAGAACAGAUUGGCUUCAGUGUGGCUGACAUGACUCAUCGCAACGGCCGCCGCGAUUCGGUGGCAGAGGCUUAUCUUACUCCGGCAGGCAGACGAGGGAACCUACACGUUGUGUCCAACGCUUUUGUCACACAGAUCCUCUUCAGCAGCAGCAGGCGCGCUGAAGGGGUCCGCUUUGAACAUCGCGGCAAGGUCAGGACGGUUCAGGCAAGUAAGGAAGUAAUAUUGUCUGCUGGGGCUGUUGGAACGCCAAAAUUGCUGAUGGUGUCAGGCGUGGGACCGGCUCGCCAUCUCCAUCACCACGGGAUCCCUGUCAUGGCCGACGUGCCAGGAGUGGGGAAAAAUCUGCAUGACCAUCCCUCCAUCUUCGGCCUGACGUGGACGGUGCGGAAAGGGUCUGCCAGCAGGAUCACCACAUUGGCCAAUCCACUCUUUUUCAAGGACUAUGUUUACAACAGGAAAGGUCCCCUUACAAGUCCGUUCUCUUUGGAAGGUAAUGCAUGGAGUCGCUCGGAAGAGGGCGACCCAGAUUGGCCAGAACUACAGUACCUGUUUAUAUCUGGCGGACCGGCGAUGGAUUAUGGUCUCUUCAUCACAGAUCUUAUAGGCUUCAGGAGAGACUUUUUUGCGAGGUACUACAAGUCUGUGCUUGGGCGGGAGACCUUCAACAUCGGACCCAUGUUAACUCGCCCGAAGAGUCGAGGGUCAAUUCGCCUCAGGUCAAGUGAUCCUCGAGAUUCUCCCCUUAUUGAUCCCAACUUCCUUAGUCAUCCGGAUGAUGUGAGAACAUUCAUAAGAGGCAUUAAGUUUGUGCUGGCCAUCGCCAACACGUCUGCUCUGAGAAUUCGCUUCGACGCCACUUUUCAUGAUCAGGUACUCCCUGGUUGUGAGGAACAUGUGUACGGUUCGGACGCAUACUGGGCCUGCUACACGAGGCACAUGGCUCAGACUACUUACCAUCCCGUGGGCACCUGCAAGAUGGCGCCGCCCUCAGAUCCUAGCGGCGUCGUUGAUCACAGACUGAAAUUACGGGCUGUGGCGGGGUUGCGGGUUGUGGACGCCUCCAUCAUGCCUACCAUUGUUUCAGGCAACACAAACGCUCCGGUGAUCAUGAUCGCAGAGAAGGCAGCAGAUAUGAUUAAAGAGGACUGGACAGAAAAGUAGUCGAAAUUCCUUCAGCCAAAGCCAAUGAAUAUUUCCUCUUGUUGCCACCACGGAACGAGAUUUCUUUGCAUCAGUUUGUAUAGCCUUGCAGGUAUUCAGGAACUCAAAAUAAAUUUUAUUCAUUUAUUUUCAGUUGUUAAUUUAUAAAGAUGGCAAUGAAUUUCUAGGAUAUAUAUAAAAAAAAAAAAAAGAAAGACCAGGAGAAAUCAAAAUCGUUUUCGAAGUUCACAAAUCAAGAAUUGCAAGAUAUGUUCUUAUUCAUCACUUCAGGAAAACAUAUGUAUAUAUUUGUAACGUAGUUAGAAUGUCUUAGUUUGAGAUUGGUGAAUGUGUUUGCAAAAACUCAGUGUCAAGUACAAAGAAAGAUUUUUUGCUAUCGUAACGUACGCCGAACACUUGCCCAA